CACAAAUUACAUAAUCGUCCCAUUCACCAAUAUCCCAAAUUUCGCGGUUGGAUUUCUCUCUUUGGACGCAGAGAACUAUGGCGAAAUCUGUCUCGUCGGCCACCUCUUCUCUUAUACAAACCCUAAAGCGGUACUUCAAGAAGCCAUGGGAGAUAACCGGGCCCUGCGCGAGCCCCGAAUACAGGUUGGCUGUUCCCAAUGCUCUCGAGUACCGGCUGGAGUGUCCGGCGACGACUAAGCUCCAGGCCUGUGUGCCCACCUCCGAUCCUGAGACCGUCUUUGACAUUAAGUACUACUCCAGAGACCAGCGCCGAAACCGUCCCCCGAUCAGACGCACUGUCCUCAAGAAGGCGGAUGUCGAGAAGUUAACGAAGGAGAAGACCUUCGAUGAUUCCGACUUCCCUAGGGUUUACUUGACCGCUCAUGUUCAGGAAGAUGAAAAUGCUCGCGGUGGAGGCUAUCAGAAAUGAGCCUUAAUUUUGGGUUGGCUUUUGAUCGACAGUGAAUAAGCAUAUCGACAUAAUUUCUAUUUCUUGCUUCAUCAACGAGUAUGAUAAGCCUUAAUGUUUGCUUGGUGGCCAGUUUACAGAGGAGGGUAUUGUGUUGACUUUGACAUGAUUAUAGGGCAGUUUUCCGAACCUCUUUGCCGACUAUUGCUUGCUUACAUUGUUCGUGCAUAGUAUUUGUACUAUUUAGAAUUUCAAAAUAAACAGCAAUUCCGUAAUGGAUGCUCUGCAUUGGAUUUUUUAAAAUUUUUAUUUGGAAUUCCCUUUCAUUGGGUUUUUUUUUUUAA